AAACCCCCACUGGGUACCAGAUCCCUCAACCACCACGCCCUUGUCUCAGGUCCUAAUCCGGCAAUCCCCCCUCUCUCUUUCUCCAGCGCGGCCGACUGGCUCUCAGAUACCGGCGGCGCUCAGGGUACUUCUCCUCGCCGGCUGGUUCUUGGGGCACAGGCGGCGCUCAGGGUACUUCUCCUCGCCGGCUGGUUCUUGGGGCACAGGCGGCGCUCAGGGUACUUCUCCUCGCCGGCUGGUUCUUGGGGCACAGGCGGCGCUAAGGGCGCGGGAGCAUCCAUCCACAUCAGGAAUUCAGCCCCAAAUUAGCCAGUUCUCUUUGUUGAUAUCCACGAUUUGGCUUCUGAUUUACAAACAUGGCUUGUUGCCUUAUGUGUAGAAAGGACAUCAAACAGACUAUUGAAGGUGAAGAAGUUCCAGGAGGAAAUAAGGUGAAAGCUUUUUCUUACAGUGAGCUGAGAAAAGCCACACAUGAUUUUAGUGGAGCCAACAAGCUUGGCGAAGGCGGUUUUGGUUCUGUGUUCAGGGGAAGGCUUAAAGACGCCACAAUUGUUGCGGUAAAGGUGCUUUCUGCCCAUUCAAAGCAAGGCAUCCGAGAGUUCUUUACUGAACUUACAGCAAUUUCUGAUAUUGUGCAUGAAAACCUGAUCACCUUAGUCGGUUGCUGCGCUGAGGGACCCCAUAGGAUCCUUGUAUACAACUAUCUUGAAAACAAUAGCCUUGCACAUACACUGCUAGGUAAGGGUUAUAGCAGCAUUCGAUUCAACUGGAGAGUCCGUGUUAAAAUUGCUGUAGGUGUUGCCCAUGGGCUUGCAUUUCUUCACGAAGAAAUCCAUCCUCCCAUAAUCCACCGGGACAUAAAGGCAAGCAAUAUUCUGCUUGACAAGGAUCUUACACCCAAAAUUUCUGAUUUUGGGUUGGCAAGGCUCCUCCCUCCAAAUGCAACUCAUGUGAGCACCCGCGUUGCAGGUACAAUAGGAUACCUGGCUCCUGAAUAUGCAGUUAGAGGGCAAGUGACAAAGAAGUCAGAUAUUUAUAGUUUUGGUGUUUUGCUAUUGGAAAUUGUUAGUGGCAGGUGUAACCACAAUAAUAGAUUGCCUUAUGAAGACCAAUUUCUGCUCGAGAGGACAUGGACAUGUUAUGAACAAGGACAGCUCGAGAAGAUGAUAGAUGCAGAUCUAGAAGAUGACCUAGACUCCGACGAGGCAUGCCGAUUCUUGAAAGUUGGUCUUCUGUGCACUCAAGACGCGAUGAAACUCCGUCCCAACAUGACCAACGUCGUCCGGAUGCUGACCGGAGAAAAAGAUGUCUCCAUGGAGAGGAUCACCAAGCCUGCUGUGAUCGGUGACAUGGGAGACAUCAAGGUCAACAACCAGCAGAGACCAGGCGACUCGCAAUCUGAACCAUCCACAAUCAUAUCAUCAGAAGCAACAGCAGAGUCAUCGCCGUGAGCAGUACAGAAUAUAUCAUGCAAAUCCUGUUGUUGUACAUUAUCAUUCUGGGUAGGCACAAGUGCGUGUUCGGUUGACUGAUGCCACCGUGGUGUUACUAUGCAGUAAAGUUAUUGCAUAAUUAAACAAGUUUCCUUUAUAAGUUA